AUGGCAAGCACAGAAGAGACAAAACAUAAACAAGAGAAAGAAAAGCCACAAGAACCCGUAAAAGUACAGCAAAUUAAAAGGACCCGAUUAGAAUAUAAAUUACCACAGCCAGGAGAAAUAAUUGGUGGUUAUAUUUUAAGCGAGAAGAUUGGGCAGGGCAGUUUUGGGAUCGUAUUUGAGGGGCAUGCCAUACACAGCACAAAGAAAGUGGCAAUAAAAAUAGAAACGGUCUCAGAUAUAAAGCACUCUCAAUUAGAGAACGAGUACAUAUUAUAUAAGAAACUCAGUGGUGUAGAAGGGUUCCCACAGAUUGAGUCAUUUGGUCAGUCUGAGUUAUACAAGCACUUAGUCAUGGAGUAUUUAGGGAUGAGCAUUGAGGAUAUGCUAGCCAUAAGGAACAGGAUGUUCUGUGCUAAGACUAUAUUUAUUAUAACCAAAAGGAUGAUUAAGUUAAUAAGGCACUUACACGAGAUAGGGUAUGUGCACAGGGACUUAAAACCAGACAAUUUCUUGAUAGGGAGGGAUCCAAAGAAGAUAUACUUAAUAGAUUUAGGGAUGGCAAAGAAUUUCAUAACGCAUGGUCAGCAUAUUGCAACCAAUAAUGGCAAGAAAUUAACAGGGACACCCAGAUAUGCGUCAGUUAAUGCGCAUGAAGGUAAUGAAUUAAGCCGUAAGGAUGAUUUAGAGUCAAUUGGGUAUAUUAUACUGUACUUAUGCAAGGGCAAGUUACCGUGGCAGGGUUUGAAAGAGUCUAAAAAGGAGAAGUGCCGGAUAAUUGGUGAAAUGAAGAAGAAUAUUUGUUUAGAGGAAGUGACCCGGGAUGUCCCAGGAGGUGCACAGAUAAUUGAAUAUUUCAACUAUCUGAGCACACUUACGUUUGAUACGUUACCUGAUUAUGACUAUCUUAUGAGCAUAUUUGAUGAGGCAUUAAGUGAGCACGGGUUACUGGAUGAUGGCAUAUUUGAAUGGGAGCAUGUCUUUAAAGGGUACACAGAAGAUGUAUCUGAUGAUAGUUUAGAAGAUGGAAUAAUAAAAAGGAAGAGUAUAUGGAGAAGAGUCCGUAAAUUAUUCUGUUGUGGAUAUUAAUACAGUAACAGAUAAGGAUAAGUAAGGAUAAGUAAGGAUAAAUAGGUAUACAGUAUAUGUAUAGUACUAGUAGGGUAUUAGUAUAGUACUAGUAUACAGUGUAUGUACUAUUAGUAUAAGUAGGGUAUAAGUAGGG